UCAUCUCUGAUGAAGCUACGGUAGCGCGGUAGCUCAUUGGUUCGACGUCACAUCGCUGUCUUCUUGUUUAUAGCUAGUUAUACAUAAAAUGAAUGUUCAGAUUAAAGCUGGUGUUUGUACCAGUUAAACAUUGGUGUCGGUGAGCAUGCGUGUCGCGGGGAAAAUGUGGCGUGCGUCCCGUGCACAGUCUCUCUGACAUCGCUCCUCUCUUCACAGCUUUCCGCUCAAUAGCAUCAUCGCUAACGUCCAGCAGCGAUGCACAAGGAAGAGGAUGAGGUGCAGGACGACUGCGGUUCCCGGGAGGAGUGGACGCUCCUGUUCUGGACCUCUCUGGCCGUCAUCGUCCCGGUCAUCGUCACGAUGUGGUGCAGCGCCCAGCGCUCGAAGCGGAAAACGCACAUGAAGGAUUUCUUUCGCAAGAGCAAGCACGGCUGGCACUACACAGACCUGUUCACCAAGCCCACCUACUGCUGCGUCUGUUCCCAGCACAUCCUCCACGGGGCUUUCUGCGACUGCUGCGGCGUGUGCGCCGACGAGCAGUGCCUGCGCCGGGCCGACCGGAGCCUAACGUGCAAGGAGAUCAUGGCCCCUUGUAGCCCGGGCGGAGCCAUGGAGCACCGCUGGGUCCGCGGAAACGUUCCCCUCGCCAGCUACUGUGCAGUGUGUAAACAGCAGUGCGGGACCCAGCCGAAGCUCUGCGACUUCAGGUGUGUGUGGUGUCAGACCACAGUGCACGACGACUGCAUGGACAGCCUGAUGGCUGCAGACCAGUGUGAGCUGGGCGAGUUCCGCAACCUCAUCAUCCCUCCUCACUACCUCUACCGCGUCAACAAGCUCCGCCGCAGGCACCCCGACGAGUACAGCAAGCUGGCUUCGUCCUGUGGCAGUGGCUGGACUCCAGUGUUGGUCUUGGCUAACACACGUAGCGGUAACAACAUGGGGGAGGCUCUGCUGGGAGAAUUUCGCACCAUUCUGAAUCCUGUGCAGGUGUUUGACCUGUCUGAGCUGACUCCCCCCAAAGCCCUCCAGCUGUGCAGCCUGCUGCCUCCCGGCAGUGUCCAGGUGCUGGUGUGUGGGGGCGACGGCACCGUGGGCUGGGUGCUGGACGCCAUCGAUACUAUGAAGCUGAAGGGCCAAGACCAGUUCAUGCCGAGGGUGACCAUCCUGCCCCUGGGGACAGGAAAUGACCUUUCCAACACUUUAGGCUGGGGUGCCGGGUACGCUGGAGAGAUCCCCGUGGAACAGGUUCUCCGUAACAUCCUUGAUGCCGAGGUGGUCAAAAUGGACAGAUGGAAAGUGCAGGUGGCUUCAAAAGGCCUCUACUUUCGUAAACCAAAGGUUCUGUCCAUGAACAACUACUUCUCUGUGGGACCUGAUGCUCUGAUGGCGCUCAACUUCCACACGCACCGUGAGAAAACGCCCUCCUUCUUCUCCAGCCGCAUCAUCAACAAGACUGUAUAUUUCCUGUAUGGCACCAAAGAUUGUUUAGUGCAGGAAUGUAAGGAUCUGGAUAAGAGGAUUGAGUUGGAGUUGGAUGGGGAGAGGGUGGCGCUGCCCAGCCUGGAGGGCAUCAUAGUUUGUAACAUUGGCUAUUGGGGUGGCGGCUGCAGACUCUGGGAGGGUAUGGGGGAUGAACCCUACCCGCCCACACGGCUGGAUGAUGGUCUGCUGGAGGUGGUGGGUGUGUUUGGCUCCUUCCACUGUGCUCAGAUCCAGGUCAAAAUGGCCAAUCCUGUACGGCUGGGACAGGCCCACACUGUCAGGCUGGUUCUCAAGAGCUCCAAGAUGCCCAUGCAGGUGGACGGGGAGCCGUGGGCCCAGGGUCCCUGCACCAUCACUAUCACCCAUAAGACCCAGGCCCUCAUGCUGUACCACAGUGCCGAGCAGACGGACGAUGACGACGACGAAUCCAGCGCCUCUGAGACAGAGAGCCCCACCCCUCACGACUCACCCAGGCCCCCGGGGCCGGCCUCCGCCCGUGCAUGACCCGCCCCAGACGUGUCAUGGGAUCUGAAGCUCCUCUUAUUUAAAUCUCUGUCUUAUUUUCUGCAGCCCAGUUUCUAUUAAUCACUCCGCUGCAGUGGCACUUCGUCUUCAUCCUCUAAGAUCUUUGAACACACUUUAUCCUCCAGUCACAUUGAUACGAAUAGGCGUUAUCAUUUUCCUGUUCGGGUUACACACAUUUCAUAUGUUUUCAGAGAGCUCACUGGGGUGAAAUGGGAGAGUUUGGAAAUGGGCUGGUGGGAUUUGGUUCUUUUUAAAUAUUCUAACCCAGAGCUCAGGCAGUCGUCCGUCCCCCACCCCCCCACAGGUGAGACAGCCAGGAGGAGGUGAAUGUUUGUGAGAAAGAUUGCCGUUUACUGGCACUGAUCCCUUGUGCCAUAGUCAACUAUAAAACUGUAUUUAUUCUACUGUAUUUACGAUUGAAUGCCCAGUGUAGCCCUGCAGGUAUCUGUGAGACAUUCAAACCAAACCCACACAAAGCCAUGUCUAAAUCAACAGCAAGUGAUGAAGCAUUAAUACAGUGAAGGGGAGGUUUCGCUAAAGAUGCAUCCAUAGCUUUAUUGCUUUUUUUUUUUUUUUUUUUUUUUUUUUUUAACUCCAGAAAGAGCAAAAACAUUUUGUGUGAAAUGUUAAACUGCUCAGAUUAUCUGUUAAAUUCCCCCUUCAGGCUCCAAAUCACCGUGAUUUUGGUUUUAAAGUGUCUCCUGCAUUUGCAAGAUAAGGCUUUGAAAUGUGUGUGAAAGCCAAAAGGUCUCUGAAUCUGAUGGAGCAAGGGCUCUGUUACAACGGCAGUGUGUUGUUAAUCACUGGACGUGUUGGUUUGCUUACUUCAUGGUGCCGUCUUAAGUAGCUCACCAAACUGCUAGAUUGUACGACGAUACAGUCUUGAAACUAUAUAUUUCCUGUAAAAGCUACAGGAAACAGCCUGACUUUAUUUUGAAAGUACUGCCAAUUAACUUUUGCCUACUUGUAAAACCUUUUGUUUUUUCCUUUUCUUUACAUUUUUCUUCCUGUUUACAUAUUUUGUGUUGCACUGUUUUGGCACUUAUACUGAUAAAUACCUUACACUGCGUAGGAUGUAGGCUUUAUACAUGGAACCGUAAUGCCGACACUUGAUGUUGCUGCCAAUAGUGAUAACUGCUGAUGAGAUUAAGCUGUCCCGUGUUGUUGUUUUACGUUAUUCACGUUAUCCUCUUGCACUUCAUAAUUUGUGGUUUAACAAAUAGUCACCACAAGGUGGCAGACUAAAGACAGUAUUAUCUGUAGCUUGUCUCCUUAACUGCUACAGUUUAACACUGAAUACCAUCAGUUACUUGCAUGUACUUCUCUGUGUAGUGUUCAGUUGAGUUGCAUCUUCCUUGUUCUCUACCUAAUGUGUGCAAGAGGUCAUUUGUGUUUGUCAGUCGAAAACUUGUAGGGAAGUUAAUGUUACCACUUGAGGUGGUCCUGUUUAUUGCAGAAUGGUUGCCUGUUGCUCACAGCCAUAUCAGAAAAGCCUGUCGUAUGUUAGUUUAUGCUUUCUUAUAAACCUGGAGCCAACAUGCUGCACAUAAGGCUGAACAGGGAUCAGUUCUUAGCCCAGGAUGCCUAUGCUUUUGGAAUAUGUACCUCUUUGGUAGAUAACCAAGCCUUGUGGUUUCGUCACCCUCCAUUUGUUUGGUGAAUGUCUUCUUGCUCAAGGACACCUGUUUGAUCAUUUACCUUAUCAUCAUGUUUACCAGAGUUGUGUUGCACUGAAAUAGCUUAAAUGUAACUGGGCUUUACUGUCAGGUUUCUCAGCCACGCUAGCAGCAUGGCUCUAGUUCAAGACACUGUUUUUAGAGUGAAAUACCUCGAUAACCGUUUAAUGAAUUGUCCGGCAAUUUGGUAAAAAUAUUGACGGACGCCUGAAUAAUGAAUCCUAAUGAUUUUGUUGAUGCUGAGUAUUUGGUUAGCACCACAGUUGGUGACUAUCGGCAACUUAAAAUGAGUCAGCGAGAGGAUAAGUAGGAGAGACUAACCUGCGGACGCGCUGGUUGUAAAUGAUUCGCGGAUCCAGUGGCUGAGUUUGUAUUUUUAUUUUUCACAGUUUAGUGUUUUAAUAAAGUCAAAACCCACAAACGACAAACAAACUUUGUGUUCAAACUUGCCUUCUCCUUGUUGUACAAGGGUGAUCGACAGCGUCCAGUAAUGAUAAUAGUAGUGAAAAUAGUUUAUAGCGGUCAACAACAAAUAAGACUCCCUCUCUCAACCCCUCUCCUUCCAUUCAUCCAACUAAACUACAUAUCCUCAUUGUUAUCCCCAACACCAUGUGACUCAACUACCGGAAGUGACAAAAAAGGGUGUACAAAAUGACACAGGCCAUACCUGGCUCCUACAACCACCAAUGGAUCACAUUUGUGCUAGUCAAAUACUGUAGUACUUGACGUGAUACUCGAUGUAAAUUACUGACCGGAUUUCUCUCAACCUCAGCUGUAGUUUGAGACAAAUGCUAACAUGCUAAAUAUUAGCACAAUACAUCCUUACUGUACAUAUGACAGCACAUGCUAGCCUCCAGCUCAAGUCAGAGUGGGACCUAAAUACAGGUGUUGGUUGCAGCUUAAGGCUUCACUCAUAAAUAUUUUUAUAUUAACAAUGAAUAGAAUUACUAUGUGUAAUGUAAAACCUCCACAUCUGAGAUGGUUUGCUCAAAUCUUUACUUGCGUUAUUUUUUUCCCACCUGCAUUCUGUGAAGAAGGCAAUGAGUGCUAGCCCAUCACAGGCAGAGUAGGGCGAGUUUUCGCAGAAUACGGGUCGAUCAACAUUUCCAGAAAAGUCUUGCACAGUUGUUGCUCGUAUGCCAUUGGUUAAACUACCGCGUGCCAAGUGUGUCUAAGAUUGCGGACCCCUGCUAUAGACCAAAACAGCUACAAAGAGAGUGAAUAUUGUACUUAUAGUUGUUAGGUUGCCAGAAACAUGACUUCAAAUGAAUGCUUAUAUUGCUCUGCUGGAUGAUAAGUAGGCUUUUGUUUGGUAAUAUAUUUGGAAUAGCAACUUUGUAAAGCCAUAAUAUCCAAGUGGGAUGUCGCUUGUUGUGGAGUUAUGCCCCUAACUGGCUGAAGCAAAAACCUGAUUAUUCAGCUUUGAUCUGAUGAGAGUUGACAACGUAGAGCUGAGCCUGAUGAGGUGUUCGCAGAAGUCUGCUAGCGUGGCUAAAGACCUUUACUUGUUUUCUUGUUGAGGGUGGAGCAACAUGACCGUGAUGUUAUUGGUUGUUUUGAAUGUUUCCCUUUCAAUCCUGUUAGUUUAUUUGUUAAAUCUUGGCAGAUACAGAACUGUAUUUAUAUACUCAGUUUCUCAAGGCAAAUUUCACUGUGUACCAAAAUGCUUUGAUUAUUAGUUGAUGUAUAUAUUUGAAUAUGCUUACUUUUUUUGCAGUCAAAUAUCUAUAGAGAUAAGAGAACCCUAAAAGUUGAUAGGAAUGUGCAGAAGCAUAAUACAUUUGACUUUGACCACGAUAUGGUCCUUAUGUGGCCUCUGCUAAACAGGAACGAGAAUACAAAGUAAGAGAGAAUAAGCUUUUAUUGGUAAGUCAUGUAAAUCAUAGCAGUUUACAAAAAUAAAGAGGGUUUGGUGAAAUUGUUAUUACAGGUGACAAAAACAGAUUUUGAUUGAACUGAAUGUAUUGAAGCGAUCUUUUGAAUUUGAAGACAUUCCCAUAAAUAUUUUCAUAAAUAAGCAUCAUGUCUCUGUGCUUUAAUUGUGAUAUUAUACAUUUCUUGAAGAAUUUGAGGGGGGAAACUGCUCCCAUGAUCCCGAGUCAGAGAUCACAGCAGCCAAACGGUAAUAAUGACAUCAUUAUAUUGUUAAUCAUUUACCAAUUUAACAAAUGCUGAUCUCAAAUUGCUUGGAAAUGUUUAUUUUAAAGCAACUGCAUAUCCAGUGACUAUUGUAUAAAGUAAUGCAAAAUAAGCGCCAAAGGCUGGCUUUAUAUAUAUAUGUGUAUGAUUUUUAAGAUAUAUAGUAGUGCCAGUUAUUUUUAUUAGGCUAUGGAUGGUGUCUAGUUGGUUUUAUCUUCUGGGGUUGUAGAAGUGAUAGGAGUUUGGCACAUUUCCUCCUGGAGCAUUGUGGGGCCUUUUGUCUUGUUCUGAAAGGAAAAUAUACAAAAAGGUUUCUUUUGUAGUUCCCCCAUAUUAUGAGAAUUGUGUCACUUGCCAAACUGAUACUUGAAUUGAAUUCUUUCAAGCUAAAGUACAACAGUGUGUGUGUGGGAACUCUUGAACUUGUCGUUUUUAACCUAAAAUAAAUGUUUUCUGUAGUUGCUGUGAAUGCUACAAUUCCAAAUGCAACUCGUAAUUCAGGUUGUGCAAGUCUAUAAAAGAGUUAUAAGCUGCUGUAUUUAUUUAUUUAAAAAAAAUUCCCUGAGAAGCUUGUCACUGCUGACUCUACUGUACUGACACGUGGAAAUUACUUGCUGGGCCGUCACAAGGGGGAGGGACAUUGACAUGCAUGCACAUGAAUCACAGUCACAUGCAAUAUUCCAGUUUUACUUCACGCAGGUCCGGUUCUUAAGCAUUGCACCCUCAGUCUGUCAAUUUAAUAUUUUGCACCCUCAGUUGAAACUUUAAUAAUAGAUGCCAAGUGUAAGGUGGUAGUUCUUAGCAGCACCAUCUAUUUUAGUUCAUGUAUGUACAUCAGCGCAAUGUGCUAAAGGGCUAGGUGGAGGUUGAUAUUGAUCAGUGGGUGAGGUGGUUAUUAAAUACACUCUCAGCCGGUCGCAUCACUGGUCUCAUAGCUCUGAAACAGUUAAGUGUGAUAAUGACGGCUCUGCAGACUUCAUUAGAAUUGAAAAACAAGCGCAGAUGAAAUGUUAUACAAGCAAUGGGCUUGACUUUGUGGUACGAUACACUUCAUGCAAUCGUGCCAAAACACAAAGGUAAACUCACCAAGGCCACGAGGUACUCAGCAGUGUGUGCGCUGGUAGUUCCGUUAGCUGUUGGCGUUUUAGCGGUUAGCCAGACACCGUCCAAAACAGUAGCAGUGUGCAAACUGUUUCCGCCUCAAUGUGUCUCUGGCUGUAGACUAGUGGCUGGGGGCCGGACAUGCCCUGAGCUGUGUUAUCACUUGGAGCCUCAAUCAAUUAAUCCUAAUUCAAGACGGUUCUCUACUGGGCAAGAUAAACUGAUGUAACACACUGGUCUACAUGUUCACUGGGCCACCACCUUCAUAGUAAAUACUGAUGACUGAUGCCUUUUAGAAAACAACGCCCAAUUCCAACACUUGUGAAAGCAUAUCAGGGGAGGCAGUGAGAUGCUUUUCACCCCGCCUUUAAGUGUGGUCAUUAUAUGUUUGUAUUUUUAUUCUGUUGUCUUUUCUUAUUGUUUUGUUGUAGUCUUCGAUCAAUCUGUGGCACAAUCAUUUCCUUUAGGAUUGAUAGCGUUCUUUUUUUAUCUUAUCGUAUCUUAGGACCUGGUUCAUUACAAGCAUACUGGACACUUUAAUAAGUGUGCUACAUUAACUGACAUUAGAAACUUGACUUAAGAGCAUGCUUAAAGGGUAGCUAUUAUUACCUGACUAAUUCAUACCAUCAUGGUUUAGCAUGUAUUAUUGAAAUGAUUCUGAUGGCAUAUGUUUUAAGAAGAGAAGUGAUACAAUCUCAGUGUCCCAGGAUUACAUAUCUAUCCGUCUGUUAGUCGUUUUGUAUCAUACUAUUGAGAUCAAUAUAAUAAUUUGAUAGUGUGUGUGAGUGUUGUAUAACUUACUUGUGUUUUGUCCUGGCAUAAAUAGGGGACCCUGAUAAGAGCCUGGUGG